GGUUUUCAAUUUUGACUGUGUUUCAGCACGGUCGUUUGCCUACAAGUGCACCAAUUUUCUGCCUUUAUCAAGGUUUUUGGACUUAUCAGAAAGCUUACUGCUAGGUCUUCUUCAAGAGACCUAAACCAACCCUGUUGGUAGCUGCACAAGGCAACUAGAAGCAAUUAUAUUUUCAUACACCGCCUUGGUUGACCAAGAUCUCUCACGUCGCAUUGUGAAUCGCGCUCUAUCGAACGCACGCAAAUCUCUUUGUUUGGCCGGAUUUGUGCGUGUGCGCCUGUUGGAACUUGCGGCAUAACGUGACGCGGCGCGCCACGGAAUUGACCUCAGGGCUACCUGUGCACGGAGCGGUCGAUUUUUGAAGGACAAUCUACCCUCGGCGGAGUUUGGACAACUGAGCGCUCUUACAACCGGUUGGUUUGUAUCGAUCAUUGCAUCUGUAACCGUGGCCUGUUUGGACCUGUGUGAAUUCUCGUGCACUUUUGAUAGGUCGUAUAAGCCCUAAAAUCCUAGUCUGUUUCCUCGGCGGUUUGUCGAUAACUGUUUAAUUCCUCUUGAUCACUGAAACAAAAACGGUGAAAUUUGUCCCCUAUUUUCUUAUCCUUGUCCACAUAAAAUAGUUUUCACAAGCCCUAAAACCGAGUGACCAAUCAGUAAAAAUGCUCGUUACCUCAGUUAAAACAAGAAACUCAAAGAAGAGACAGGAAGCCAUUGAAAUGCUGGCAAAACAUCCUGCUUAUAACCAAUCCGUCAGCACGGAAAAAAUUAAAGGCUCAUCAUCUAAGAUGAAAAUAAAGCCGAAGUUGCGCGAAAGAGUAGAAAAGCAAUCAAAUGAUAGUUCUCAUAAGGUCUCUCUGAUAGAGCACAGCGCAGUUACUGCAGAAUCGCCCAUUAAAGCGAUUGAAACGAUUGCUGCGCUUGAAUUACAGCUGAAGGAUUUGAAGGAAAGGUUUGAAUCUCUGUACCAAGUGCUAGAGCAAUUUAACUCGAUUAAGUAUCUUUUUAAUACUCCAGAUACACCAAAAAUCGAACACCUUCGAUCCGUUGGGAAUCUUAUACAACAUGUUGCAUUUGAGGUGCAUGAUCGCAUUAAACGCUCCAAAAAUGUUAUAGCAUUUAAUUUACCAGAAAAGUUAUCUCUUGAGUCUAUCUCCUCUGCAGUGGCAAACGACUGUCAUAUUGAAAGACGGCAGUUUUCUUGUGUGAGGCUGCGAAAGAAAUCUCCGAAGCAGGUCUGUCCAGUACUCUUUAAAUUUUCAAACGACACACUUGCUGAAAAAUUCAUUUGUAGUAGGAGCGCACUAUCCCUUAGGAAAGAUUACGUAUCCAUGGUCCUGAAACCAGAUUUAACAGUACUACAAAGGGAGUGCAAAAAAGCCUAUUUCCGACAAACAGUAUGUGACCAAUAUGUUCCGCCACCCACGGAAACUCAGGAACUUCCCCACCUGGUUGACCUAGAUGACACUCUGAUCAUAAAUGAAUCAGCUCUAAGGUUGAAAUCAAAUAGCAACUGUCAUAAAAAUAUCGCUUCUGACUCCAUUCAGUGUCACAUUAGUCCAGCAUUACCGCGCAACUCGUCCCCGAACAUACAAGAAAGUUCCAUUGCGCAAACGACUAUUUCUACUCACUCUUUGUCGUUCACCAACCAGGUGCAUAGACGCUCUGGUACGAAACUGAAAACCUCCUCUCCUAAAAGCUGCGAACCUUUAAAACUGCGGAACAGCCUUGUUGCAAAGAACACUGGUAGCAAAACCUCACGUGGAAUCUACACGGGUGCUCCUAAGCACAAUAAAAACACAGCUAUUUUAAACGUUCCACCAAACGCUGUCACCACUGAAAACCAGCAGACAAUCGGCAUAUCUCCAACCAUGCAGCAUUUGAAUAUGCGACCUGUGCGCUCCAUAACUUGUGAGCCACUUGCUAGGGAACUUCAAGUAGCUGAGAGAAAUUGGCCCAACCAAAAUCCUCUCAAACUACCUCAACAUGUAAAUAAUCUUAACUGGCACGUAGGUUAUGUGCAACAGCCAGAAAACUGUAAUCUCCCAGUGGGUCGCCAUUUUCCCAGUAUUUCACCCUUCCAACCUUUUUUGGGGGUCCAGUGGCGUUCUACCCGCCACACCCCCAAAUGACACUAAUUCCGCAAAUUAUAUGUCCUCCGUAUCCACCACCCCCACUCCACUCUCUCCAAAUACCACCUCGUUGGGGUCCUGUACCUGGAUUCCUGUAGACAACCCAACGGAUAACAAGACACUGCACUUACUUUUAAUUAAUUCCCGUUCACUGUUAAAUAAAAUGCACUUCCUGCGUAAUAUCCUUCACCUUUCUUCUCCUGAUAUAGUACUAAUUACAGAAACAUGGUGUUCAGCAGAGAUGUCUGACACAUUGUUCAGGAUACUGGGUUAUAACAUCUUUCGUAAUGACCGUCUUUAUGGUAGAGGUGGUGGCUGUAUAAUCUACGUCAAAGACAAAUACUUGGUUCUGCCUCUGAAUGAACCAUUCCUCCAGAGACUUCCUGAUUCGGUGUGGAUUACAAUUUCUAUUAAUCCAACAAAUCUCUUAGUAGGUUGUAUUUACAGACCCCCAUCGUCUACACUCACCGUGACCGAUGACUUGUUGGACACUUUCUCUCUUAUUGCUGACCUCUCAUACACUAACAAAAUAAUCGCUGGGGAUUUUAAUAUGCCCGAAAUCCCGUGGUCCCUUAACAAUAAACCACAAAAACACAAUCCUUUUAUGUCUACUCUUGAUCGACUGGGAUGGGUACAGCACGUCACAGAACCUACACGGCUUGGAAACACACUUGAUCUAAUAUUUACGAUGGGAUGUUCGCAUGUGUCCACAUACAUCAGUGACAAGUUGCCGGGUAGUGAUCAUAACAUUGUUGGUUGUUCUUUCCAAAUUCUUUCUAAACCGACAGAAUCAGUGAUAAAUUAUCGCCCAUUCUCUUCUGUGAAUUGGUCAAUUUUCUCGGAUCUUAUAAGGUCUUCAUAUUGGGAUCCAUUCUUCUUAGCACAGAAUGUACAAAUUGCUUGUAAUGAAUUCUACCACCGCAUUCAGCUUUGUGUUGAAGCUGUGGCUCCAGAACGUACUAAGAAGUUGAAAAGGACUGCUGCUCCUGCAGGCAUCUCAAAAAAGGUAGCCACUAAACUUUAU